AUGCUGCUCAAGGGAACUGUUGCAGCCGCAAUUGCGACACUGGCGGCUCAAACGGCGACUGCCCUACCGCUAGAAGGAGACGUUUCCCCCAAGAUCGUGGGGGGGGUAGAUUCCCCCGAGGGUUCCUUUCCCUUUCUCGUUUCAUUAUCGAGCGGUGGCCGGCAUUUCUGCGGUGGCUCGCUCCUGAAUGAGGAUACCAUCCUCACAGCCAGUCAUUGUUUUGAAAAGCCGCUCCAACAACUUCAAGUUCGUGCUGGAUCAAAUGAUCGCACAACUGGAGGCCAGGUCUCUGGCGUAAUUGAUAUCAUAAGACACCCUCAGUAUAAUCCAACCACACACGAUAAUGAUGUGGCUAUAUUGAAAAUAUCACCACCAGUCAAUAAAAAUGCAGCGGUUGAAUUCGCCAAAUUAGCGCAAGAGGGCACCUACCCUAAACCGGGCCAAAAAAGGGUAGCUGGCUGGGGACAGAUACAACCCGGAAGUCCGAGCGGACUACCCCCUCCUACGAAGAAGAGAGAAGUCGAAGUCAAUUCGAUGACCCACCCUCAAUGCCAACAAAUUUAUCAAUGGAGAAACUUGGCAGUCACGGGAAAUAUGGUAUGCGCAAAGGCACAAGGCAAGGAUUCUUGCUCUGGAGACAGUGGCGGGCCAUUGCUUGAUGCCAGUACUGGAGAGCUUGAAGGUGUAGUUUCCUGGGGCCUGGGUUGUGCAGACCAGCAGUUUCCCGCCGUUUAUGCCGCCAUGACGGUGGAAACGUCCCAUGGUGGUGUGCCUAUCUACCCUCUGGGUGGAUAUGUUCAUCCUAUUAACCCAGGUGGUGGUGGAACCGACCCAGAUGACUUCAACCCAAGCGAAGAUAGAAUCGACCCAGGUGUCCAACUCAUCCGAGAUGUUCAAGUCAGCUACGAUGCUGUAUUCCAGAUUUUCUGA